AUGGAUUUUAUAUUGAAAAAGAAACAGUUCAGAUUCGAUGUUUCUCUAAAAGUUGAGGAGCUUUCGUUGGUACCUUUCGUAAAUGCUGUCCUUUACUGCAAGUUAAGAUUUAUUGGCAAUGGAAAAAGGCUCAUUGGGCAGACCCCCGGGUUAGAGCUACAGGAUCACAGGGUAGUUUGGAAUAAGAAAUUCACUUUCCCGUGCAAGAUGACUGCAAACAGUACAACGAUGGAACUGGAUGCUACAUGCUGUAGGAUAUCUAUAAGGAGGGAAAUGAAAGGAGGCAGGGCACAUCAUAAAAUUGGAUUUGUGGAUUUGAACUUAUCAGAGUAUGUGGGUAGUGGUUCAGUUUCUAGAAGGUUCCUUCUUGAAGGGUAUCAUUCAUCGAAUAGGUUGGAUAACUCCAUAUUGAAGUUGUCCAUUGGUUUAACACUGGUGUCUGGAGAUGUGUGUUUCAAAGUGUUAGUUGGUUGGUUGGCUGGCUGGUUGGUUGGUUGUUUGGUUUGGUUGAUUGUUUGGUUAGUUGAUUGA